AUGGGAAAGGCAAGUCUUGUCGCUGCCAAAAAAAGAGACAAGCUUAGAAAUUGGAACGAAUACCUUACUUCUCCAUCAAUUAGAAUUGAUGGACACGUGUCAAAUAUUGAACAGGCUGAUAAUUAUUUGAUUGAUUGUUGUUUGAAUAGAAAACGACUUGAUGUUAUUUUUAAUCAUCUACGAUACUCACCGAAAGAUAAUUGUAUUCGUUAUGGUCAUGUAGAAAAUGUUUAUAGCAAUGUCAGAGAAAUAUAUUUUAUUCCAUUAGAAGUUGAUGAUAAAGUACCUGAAGUUGUGACAUUUUUGGAUUAUGAUGGUAAAAUACUCGACCCAGAAUCUGAUAAGAAACGUGAUUCAAAACUGUUGUUAGGUGCUAUUGUGAUAGCAGAUGCUGAAUCUAGUAAAUCGAAGCGACGACGUGAUGUUGUUAAUGGUGGUGGUAACAGAUUAAAUAAAAAAGAACAAUCAGAUCAUAAAUCUGGUGGUAUAGAUGGAAUAUUAAAUAACUUAUUGACAGAUGUAAAGACAAAAAAUCUUCUUGAAACAUUAUUUCCACAACAAAAUUUGUCACAGCUUCAAAAUUUGCCAGGUCAUUAUAGUAAUAAUGUUCAGAUGCCAUCCAAUAAUAAUAAUAACACACCAGGGUUUAUAUUACCAGCACCACUACCAUCACAACAAAUAGCAUAUCCAUCACAAUACCAAUAUCACCCGAAUCAAUAUCAAAUUGUUUUACCGCAGCCGCCACCGCCACAAAUUAACCUACAAACUGUUUCGCCACUACCACAAAUUAAUCCACAAACACAAUAUAAUAAUAGUCAUCAUCAUGUUCAACCUGCAUUUGUGAAUAAUUUACAAAAUUUCAUUCCCAAUUCUUCUUUACAAUUUUCAUCACUAUCAAUUCAACAACAACCAGCAUUGAAUAAUCAUAGUUCGAAAAAAGUCCAACAAAAAAUUAAACAACCACAGCAACAACAAAUUCGACCAAAACAAGUCACACGAAAUCAAGUACAAAGACAUCAGCCACAAAAUGAUGAUAAUAAAUCAUCAGUAACACAACAAGAAGUUUUCCUUUCCUUCCGUAACAGUUCAGUAUUUAGUUGUGAAUUGGUUAAAAGAAAAGAAUCUAUUAUAAAUCGUCGAGUGUUAUUAUCUACAGCAUUAUUAAUGCUUCAGGAAAAUAGUGAAGUACGUAAAGCUCUUAUUGUUCAGACAAGAAGACCUGAUGGUCGUUGUAAAAUAUUCGAUGAUAAUGCCUGUGUACUUAUAAAUAAUCGUGGUGAACUAUUAGGAACAAAAAUACUUGGUGUUAUUAGUAUUGAAUUGAGAGACAAAAAAUCGGAGAAAAUUGUUAAAUCCAAGUAUCUUUUUAAUAAUGCUAUUCAUUUCUAA